AUGUCUUACCUCCCUGUUUUCUUUGCCUUACCUCGACAAUCUCGAUGCGUAUACAGGUCAUCAUAUCUCAACGCAGCAGUUGGCCCACUCCCUGCUCACUAUUCCUCAAGACGACCAAAAUGGCUUUAUUCAUUUCAAGGAUCCACAAGGUCCCAUACUUCUUCAUCUCUUAGGAGCCAAACGGUUAUUUCGACUUUACCUCCAGCAUCCCCAAAUACCAAGUUCCGACUCUUGUCAACCGACCUAGAUGCACCCAUCACAAGAACAGAGACCGCCCUCCUUCGCCGAAUCCUGCCCUCCUGGGAAGUCCCCGGAGUACUCAUCUCGUAUCCAGAACGCGCCACCAUCGUUCGCGCACUAAAGCGUUGUUCUCGAAUCAUCCCAGAGGGCUUAACUCGUCUUGGAGCCCUAUGCCGCUUCGCCUUGUCCGGCGCCAAAGACCAAGCCAUAGUUCCUCCACUGGACGCAGUUUGUGAAGUUCGUUGGUGGUCCCAACGACUUUCCCGACCUGUGUUCUCGCAGCUCACUCUACACUCGGCGCGCCCUUCAGCAUUGAAGGACGUAGAGGUCUAUGUCGACGCGUCGAGGAUAGGAAUCGGGGUGUCCAUUGACCGCCUCUGGUUAGCUUGGAAAUUGAGUCCUCCACUCUCUGGAAACGGUGACAUCGGCUGGGCAGAGCUUCUCUCCUGCGAGCUCGCACUUCGGGCUCUGAUAGCCCAAGGACAUGAAUCCUGCCAAGUUCCCAUUCACGUCGACUCGACCGAAGCAGCUCGCUAUUUGAAAAUUGGAUUCUCGCAUCAUGAAAGGCAUAAUCUAAUUGUUAGGAGGAUACAGGGACUACAGCAGAGUAGUGGGGUUCAUUUACAGGUUUUGAAGGUCCCGGGGCGCUUGAAUUUGGCUCAUGGGUUGAGCAUGGGGAUAUUACAUAGAGAAUCCAGACGCUUUUCGUUGCCGGUCGUUCUUCCUUUCGAACUCAGUAAUCUCUUGGAACCGCUAUGA